AUGGGGUGUUUUGGAAGCGCCGCGGCCAAGACGGACCACGACGAUGCGAAAAAGGGCAAGGAGACGAACAAAAAGAUAAACCAGCAGCUGCAAAAGGACAAACAGGUGUACAGGGCCACACACAGAUUACUGUUGUUGGGAGCUGGAGAAUCUGGUAAAAGCACAAUUGUUAAACAAAUGCGAAUAUUGCACGUAAAUGGAUUUAGUGAAGAAGAAAAAAAACAAAAAAUUGAAGAUAUUAAAAAAAACAUUAGAGAUGCCAUAUUGACAAUUACAGGUGCCAUGAGCACACUCACCCCACCAGUACAAUUAGAACACCCAGAAAAUCAGUUUAGGGUCGAUUAUAUGCAAGAUGUCGCCUCCCAACAUAACUUUGAAUAUACAACGGAGUUUUAUGAACACACAGAAAUACUGUGGAAAGAUAGAGGUGUACAGUCUUGUUUUGACAGAUCUAAUGAAUAUCAACUCAUUGACUGUGCUAAAUAUUUUCUCGAUCAAGUACACAUUAUCAAGCAACUAAAUUAUACCCCUUCGGAACAAGACAUACUUAGGUGCCGUGUUUUAACUUCUGGUAUAUUUGAAACACGAUUUCAAGUUGAAAAAGUUAAUUUUCAUAUGUUUGAUGUGGGAGGCCAAAGAGAUGAAAGGCGGAAGUGGAUACAGUGUUUUAAUGAUGUCACUGCCAUCAUAUUUGUGACUGCUUGUAGUAGUUACAAUAUGGUUCUUAGGGAAGAUCCCACUCAAAAUCGACUCCGUGAGUCAUUAGACUUGUUCAGAAGCAUAUGGAACAACAGAUGGUUGAGAACGAUAUCAGUAAUAUUGUUUCUGAAUAAACAAGACUUACUAGCAGAAAAAAUCAAGGCUGGUAAAUCUCGGCUAGAAGAUUAUUUUGCCGAAUUCACCCGUUACCAAACGCCAAUGGAUGCUACUCCUGAUCCAGGAGAAGAUCCUCCAGUUAUUCGCGCCAAAUAUUUCAUCCGAGAUGAGUUCCUUCGCAUCAGUACUGCCAGUGGCGAGGGUAAACAUUACUGUUAUCCACAUUUCACCUGCGCUGUUGACACUGAGAACAUCAGACGUGUGUUCAAUGACUGUCGCGACAUCAUACAGAGGAUGCACCUGCGCCAGUACGAGUUGCUAUGA